AUGGAUGAACCAUCUCAGUUGGCCAAAACUCUGGAGCUGAACCAGCACUCCCGUUUCAUAAUUGGGUCUGUGUCUGAAGACAACUCUGAAGAUGAGAUCAGUAAUCUGGUGAAGCUGGACCUACUAGAGGAGAAGGAGGGCUCCCUGUCCCCAGCUUCUGUCAGCUCAGAUACACUUUCUGAUUUGGGGAUCUCAGCUUUACAGGAUGGUUUGGCCUUUCACAUGAGAUCCAGCAUGUCUGGCUUGCACCUAGUAAAACAAGGUCGAGAUAGAAAGAAAAUAGACUCACAACGAGAUUUCACUGUGGCUUCUCCAGCAGAAUUUGUUACUCGUUUUGGUGGAAAUAAAGUGAUUGAGAAGGUUCUUAUUGCCAAUAAUGGUAUUGCAGCAGUGAAAUGCAUGAGAUCUAUCCGUCGGUGGUCUUAUGAAAUGUUUCGAAAUGAGCGUGCAAUCCGAUUUGUCGUCAUGGUUACACCUGAAGACCUUAAAGCCAAUGCAGAAUACAUUAAAAUGGCAGAUCACUAUGUUCCAGUGCCUGGAGGACCAAACAACAACAAUUAUGCAAAUGUGGAAUUAAUUCUUGAUAUUGCUAAAAGGAUCCCUGUACAGGCAGUGUGGGCUGGCUGGGGUCAUGCCUCUGAGAACCCCAAGCUUCCAGAGCUACUCUUAAAAAAUGGCAUCGCUUUCAUGGGCCCUCCAAGCCAGGCUAUGUGGGCUUUGGGUGAUAAGAUUGCAUCUUCUAUUGUGGCUCAAACUGCAGGCAUCCCAACUCUUCCCUGGAGUGGCAGUGGUCUUCGUGUGGAUUGGCAAGAAAAUGAUUUUUCAAAACGCAUCUUAAAUGUUCCACAGGAUCUGUAUGAGAAAGGCUAUGUGAAGGAUGUGGAUGAUGGACUGAAGGCAGCCGAGGAAGUUGGUUAUCCAGUAAUGAUCAAGGCCUCAGAGGGAGGAGGAGGGAAGGGAAUCAGGAAAGUUAACAAUGCAGAUGACUUUCCUAACCUCUUCAGACAGGUUCAAGCUGAAGUCCCUGGAUCACCUAUAUUUGUAAUGAGACUAGCAAAACAAUCUCGUCAUCUGGAGGUCCAGAUUCUAGCAGAUCAGUAUGGCAAUGCCAUUUCUUUGUUUGGCCGUGACUGUUCUGUACAACGCAGGCAUCAGAAGAUCAUUGAAGAAGCUCCUGCUGCUAUUGCUACCCCAGCAGUAUUUGAACACAUGGAACAGUGUGCAGUGAAACUUGCCAAAAUGGUUGGUUAUGUGAGUGCUGGGACUGUGGAAUACUUAUACAGCCAGGAUGGAAGCUUCUACUUUUUGGAACUGAACCCUCGGCUACAAGUUGAACAUCCUUGUACAGAGAUGGUAGCUGACGUCAAUCUUCCUGCAGCACAACUCCAGAUUGCCAUGGGGAUCCCUCUAUUUAGGAUCAAAGAUAUUCGUAUAAUGUAUGGGGUAUCUCCUUGGGGUGAUGCUCCCAUUGAUUUUGAAAAUUCUGCGCAUGUUCCUUGCCCAAGGGGCCAUGUAAUUGCUGCCAGGAUCACCAGUGAAAAUCCAGAUGAGGGGUUUAAGCCCAGCUCAGGAACAGUUCAGGAACUUAAUUUCCGCAGCAAUAAGAACGUUUGGGGUUAUUUUAGUGUUGCUGCUGCUGGAGGACUUCAUGAGUUUGCUGACUCUCAAUUCGGUCACUGCUUUUCCUGGGGAGAAAACAGAGAAGAAGCAAUUUCAAAUAUGGUGGUGGCUUUGAAGGAGCUGUCUAUUCGGGGUGAUUUUCGAACUACAGUUGAAUACCUGAUCAAACUGCUGGAGACCGAAAGCUUUCAGUUGAAUAGAAUUGACACCGGCUGGCUGGACAGACUGAUUGCAGAAAAAGUACAGGCAGAACGUCCUGACACCAUGUUGGGAGUUGUGUGUGGAGCUCUCCAUGUGGCAGAUGUGAGCCUGAGGAAUAGCGUCUCUAACUUCCUUCACUCCUUGGAAAGGGG